UAUAAAUAACAUGAAGUUGUAUAAUUCCGAAAACGACAACUUCAACGAUUUUCAGUCAACUUCAUUUUUUGGUUUGUUUUUUAGGCUUUUAAAAUUUGAUUCAGUAUAUCCAUAAAAAAAAUUUAUCUUAACCUUUUAUUUUUACCAUUUAUUUGCGACAAUGUUUCCUAUAUAAAAAGCUAAUUGUAAAAGAAAAAAAAAAAGAUAAGAAAAGUAAAAAAACAAAUAACAGAAUGAAUCUUGACAUAAACAAAAAGGUUUUGAAUUUGGAGAAAAUUGGUAGAAAAAUUUGUUCUGAAUUACGAAAUCUUCAGAAGGAACGAAUUAUACUUUCUCGAGAAGCUAAAUGUCUUUUACGUGAAUUUGAACGACAAGAAACACAACGAGAUCAUAGUAAAAAUAAGAAAGAUGAUAAUAAAGCUUGUAGUUGUGCAGUUUGGGAAAAUGAUUUAAAAAUAGAGGAUGAAAAUGAGACAGAAGAAUCUACGAAAUUGAUUACGCAGGACGAUGAAUCUUAUAAAAAUUUCUGCGAUGAAUGUUGCCAACGCUGCGUUCCAAGACAUGAUGACAAUAUAAUUUACAAAUGUUCAUCUUACAGAUAUGAUAAAUUCGAUGAACCAUUUUAUUGUAAUCAUCCUGUAAGAAAUAUUGAUUACUCUGGUAUCGGUGAUAAUGUUACGAUUAAAGACGAUGCUAAUGGUGAUAAUAAUCUUAAUAAUGCUAAUGAGUUAAUCAGAUAUUGCGAAACGUGUGCGAUUAAUCCUUCGUAUUUGUACGACUUAUGCCUGUUUUGUGAAAACGAUAAUAUGAAUGAUACGCAUAUGUUAUCGACUAAUCACAAAGUUGAUGUCAAUGAGUCGAAAAAAGCUGGCAUGAAAGAGAUAAAAAGACAGAGAGGUGGAGGAGGAAAAUCGGAUUCAGAAUCAAUAAUCGAAAAAUUAUCAAAUUUAUCGAUCUGUGCUUGCGAUUGUGAUUUAUGUGCUCUUCGAAACAAAUAUGGCGAAAAAUCUCCUUGCCUCAAGAAAAGCGAUGAAAACGAUUGUUUUUCCGAUAUUGAUACUGAAGAUAACUUGUUAUUAAAUCAAGCGACGUACUUGGAAUUGCCAGAAAUUAGCCAAUAUUGUAAAAUCGACAAGUUACGAGAAGCAUUAGAAAAAUUGAAAAAUCGCAAUCAUACAUUGAGAAAAUUAUUAAAAAGUCAAGAAUGUCUUAUGAAGAAUGCAAAAUGUACACAUUGUUCACUUCUUUUGAAACAGUACGACGAUAUGGAUUGUGAAAAGGAAUCCCAAACUCAUCGAGAUAAUGGUAAAAAAGUUACGAACGAUCUCGUCGCAAUGGUAAAGAUUCUCCAAAGCAAAUGUCGAAUCAAAGAUGGAAUGAUCGUUGCUUUGGCAGACGAAUUGAAAGGAUUUGAUAAAUCCGAAAGAAUCCAAAGAGUUCUUCAGAAAUUGACCGAAAUUGAUCUCGAUUGUCAGAUCAUUGAUUUCGAUCGUACAACAUUAUGGAAAUAUUUGGAAUGCGAAGAAUAAACGAGAUCGAACGACAAAAGAGAACUGUGCCUAUGCUAAUACUCAUCAUUACAUCAACUAUGGAAAAUCUUCGACUAAAAACGAUGAAAACAAAUUUUGUUUACAAAAUAUAAAACUUCAUUUAUAAUUACAUCUCA